CGUGUAGCGAUCAGUGGUGGUAGAUGAUGUGUUGGAGAGUUUUCGACAGUUACCAUUGAUGAGGGGUAAAACUGACUUUUCUCCCGGUAUCUACAAUUCUGAUUGUUUCGAGGAGCACCACAGGACUGGGAAGAAUGGACCCACAGAGCCGUUUCAGUGUGAUAAGUAAAGACAAGCUGAAGAUUUACGACAGUAGUCUCCUGGGAAGCGGAGGCUUCGGCUUCGUUGUAAAAGCCAAGCAUGUUGACUGGAGCAUGGAUGUCGCAGUCAAGUGCAUUUGCUCCAAGCAGACUAUGACUGAAAAGCAACAGAAAGAUUUGUACCUUGAAGCAGAAAAACUGGAGGCUGCAAGAUUCAGAUACGUCAUCCACUUCUAUGGGAUGUGUAUUGAGCCUACAUUCUACUGCCUCAUCAUGGAUAUGGCCGAGAAUGGCAGUCUGAAGUCACUGUUGGGAGUAGACAUCCCAUGGGCACUCAGGUGGAGAAUAGCCUUCGAGACGGCAAUAGGGAUGAACUACCUACACAACCUGGCACCCAGGAUUCUGCACUGUGAUCUCAAGUCUGAGAACAUCUGCUUGGAUGAAGAAUAUCACGUUAAGAUUACAGAUUUUGGACUUUCCAAGUGGAAGAGCAUCACUGGUGCGACAUCUAUAGGUAAUCAGGGUGAGGUGGGGGGCACAGCCACACACAUUCCCCCAGAGUCCUGGGAAGAUGUCAACUGUAAACCUGACACUCCUUGGGAUGUUUACAGCUAUGGUAUUGUCCUCUGGGAGAUCCUGACAAGGAGACAACCAUUUGAGCAUGCACAUAACUCAGCCCAUAUUGAGAUUGCUGUGAGGGGAAACCAAAGGCCUGAUCAGAAGCUGAUUCCAACAGAACCCCAAGAAUGUGCCGACUUCAGCCGCCUGAUGAGGCAAUGCUGGUCACAGAAGCCUGACGACAGACCUAGCUUCAAAGAUUGUGUAGAUAGAAUAGACCCAAUCUACCGUAACUACAAGCAAGAGGUUCCUGCUGCCAUCGCUGCCUUACAGAGUGGUUCAUCAAGCAAUAAUACAGCUGGGUCGAGGUCGAGUGUGUCCUCCAUACAGGGUAAACUAGGAGACCUGAAGCUGGAGGAUGUGGUCAGACACUACACUGGUAGGGCGGCACCUCAACUUGAUGAAGCUGUGCCCAUCCAAGUACAGUCUGCACAGGGGGGUCAGCAACACCAGGUUCCGCAGUCUGCACAGGGGGGUCAGUACCAGCCAACCCAGGAUCCCCAGGGGGGUCAGUACCAGCCAACACAGGAUCCCCAGGGGGGUCAGUACCAGCCAACACAGGAUCCCCAGGGGGGUCAGAAGUACCAGGCACCACCAGCAGGGGGAGCAUGGGGAGGUGGUCAACCCCCGUGGGGCCACAAUAUUCCAGGUUUAGGUGCAGGAGCUAACUUCAAUCUGCAGGACUGCCAGAAUGUCAUCAUUGGGAACAAUAAUGUUAUCACUGUCAACAAUGCCCCAACCCAGCCUUCCAGUGCUAAAAGGAAAAACCCUCCAGCACAAAAAACCUCAGCACCUAAAGUUUCAGAACCAGGAAGACAAGUCACCAAUAAGAUGCUGCAGGUGGUUGCUUCCCACAUCGGCAGGGACUGGAAAAAGCUGGCGCGUGAACUGGACAUGACCGAACCACAGAUUGAUCAGAUACAAUAUGACUACCACCAUGAGGGUCUGCAGGAAAUCACCUACCAGAUGAUGAUAAAGUGGAAACAACAGAACGGCAAGCGAGCCACAGUCGGCAAACUGGCACAGGCCUUCAGCAACAUCGACAAAGGUUACCUUGCCAAGCAUCUGUAGCACAGUCACAGUACAGAUAACAGCAAAGUCAUCACUGUCUAUCUACCACAUAUACAAAGAAGAAUUUUCCAGAUAGGACGUUGAAAUAGCCAACUUGUUCCUACCAACAGUAUGACUACUCUUUCUAGUAUUUUGUGCUAGCUGCUAUCUCAAUGGUGCACAAGUACACUAUUGCUAGCAGGCUUCUCAGAAAAACACCAUUGGCUAAGAGCAAAGUUUAUUGCAUAUGCUGUGGGCUGUAAUUUCGAACUGAUAGAGAAUAUUUUUUCACUGACAUUUGCAACAGAAGAUUGCGAAGAUAUAACUUCCUGACAAUUUAAUCCAAUGAGAAAGGUGAUAUAUGAAUAAGUCAUUUACUGCGAGCUUUGAUGGCACUCCGCAGGUUUUGUAAGAGCAUCGUUCUUCAAUACACUGUGAUAAAUGUAAAUUAAGAGCUUUAUGGCAAUUUGGAACAGUGAUUACCAGUAGGGUAUGUAUAAUAUGUCAGUUUCAUUUUUAGAUUUUUAGAGACAAUAACAUGCUAAAAAGUAUUUUAGGCAUUCUGGUAGCAAUGGUAAGACAAGGCUCAUGAGUUUGAUAACAGGUCAGUUUUUCAGAGGAAUAUACAUUUUGUAUAAUGGAUGUUUGGCAAUCAAGUUUUUUGGAACAGUCUCAAAAUGUAGAAGACAUAUGUACAUAAGAUUACUGUUUUGGCAGCCAUAAAACAUGGGCUUCUGAAAAAUUGCUUGGACAAGCAGUUCCGUCUGGUUUAGAGUCUCUUGGUGGGCUUGCAACCGAGCCUGGCCAAUGGCAAUGAAAUAAAGAAUAGAUCAAACAAUCAUGAGUUUAUCAACAUCACAGUGAGGAUCAGAUAUGUGCUACCAUUAUUGGGGGUAGCUGUAUUGUCCUAUUGACAUGUCUGGAAGAAACAUGUUUACAGUAAUAUUCUGUAAAGAUAAGUGAAAAUUCAAUUGACUUCAUUGGAAAUUUUACCAAAUAUGCCAAAAUCAAUUCAGACAAUGCCAUCGGUAAAUCAGAAUCUGUAUGCUGUGAUCAAUCAAUCAUGCAAAAUUUCUACUUUUAUGUAUUGAUUUUGAAAUUCAUAAAGGAUUUCAGCUCACCCUAAAGACUGUGUAGAGUGAUAACAUCAAAUAAGUUAUAUUUCAGGGAUUGCAUCUCUGACUCAGAACACUUUCCCCAGCCUGAGGUAUUACCAAGGCAUAUAGGGUCAUCUUGAUUUAGAUUCCCCAAAGAGUCCUCUCCAUGGAAACCUGUGUUUUGAUGUAUGGAAUGUUAGGAAUUUUGGAGAUUGGCAACGUUCCAUAGAUUUGUAUCUUUCCCUUUGUCAGGAAUAGUUGCUAUGAGGAAUGCCUACCUAAUGCCCAAGUAUGGUAAUUACUUUUUCAAAGCUACUAUUUAAAAAAAUCUGUGCAUCUAAAACCAAAUUGAAGAAAAUGUUUGAACAUGGAGCUAAAAGACGUUUUGUUCCUCCAUGGUUUGAAGUUUUCAUCAAGGCUAACUAAAGUUUCUC